CAGUGGGAGCGGCGACAGGAAGCAGCAGCGGUGGUGGAGGAGGAUCACUGUACAAUCGGGGUGGAAGACGACUAGGGCGCAACCCUCCGUGGUGGCAGCGGCCGAGGAGGGUUUGGAGUGGCGGUCAUCGAGUUCCCCCCUUUUAUUUUCCUCCGUCGUCCGAGACCCGCCGCGGCGUGGUUGUGGCUUCUUCGUUGACGAGACCCCUUUUUUCCGCUCUCCUGUUUUCCUAGGGGGGGAAGAGGCCUCUCCCCCCCUCAGCCCACAAUACACACCCCGUUUCUUCCCCGCCUGGCGUACACCCAGUGCGGUGGUUGGGUGAGUACUGGUGCGGGCGCUCGCUCGCUCUCUGUUUGGAAUAUGGUUGGGGAAAUGGAAACGAAGGAGAAGCCCAAGCCGAGCCCCGAUUACCUGAUGCAGUUGAUGAACGACAAGAAGCUCAUGAGCAGCCUCCCUAACUUCUGCGGGAUAUUCAACCACCUCGAGAGGCUGCUGGACGAAGAAAUUAGCAGAGUACGGAAAGACAUGUAUAAUGACACAUUAAAUGGUAGUACGGAGAAAAGAAGUGCAGAGUUACCUGAUGCUGUGGGACCUAUUGUACAGCUACAAGAAAAACUGUAUGUGCCUGUAAAAGAAUAUCCAGAUUUUAAUUUUGUUGGAAGAAUUCUUGGGCCUAGAGGGCUAACAGCUAAACAACUUGAGGCUGAAACAGGAUGUAAGAUAAUGGUCCGAGGCAAAGGGUCCAUGAGAGACAAGAAAAAGGAAGAACAAAACAGAGGCAAGCCCAAUUGGGAACAUCUGAAUGAAGAUUUGCAUGUAUUAAUCACUGUGGAAGAUGCUCAAAAUAGAGCAGAAAUUAAAUUGAAGAGGGCUGUGGAAGAAGUAAAAAAAUUACUGGUACCUGCAGCAGAGGGAGAAGAUAGCCUUAAAAAGAUGCAGUUAAUGGAACUUGCAAUUCUGAAUGGUACCUACCGAGACGCCAAUAUCAAAUCACCAGCCCUUGCCUUUUCUCUUGCAGCAACAGCCCAGGCUCCAAGGAUUAUAACAGGGCCCGCGCCUGUUCUCCCACCAGCUGCCCUGCGUACCCCUACGCCAGCUGGCCCUACCUUAAUGCCUUUGAUCAGACAAAUACAGACCGCUGUCAUGCCAAAUGGAACUCCUCACCCAACUGCUGCAUUAGUUCCCCAAGGACCUGAAGCUGGUUUAAUUUACACACCUUAUGAAUAUCCCUACACACUGGCACCUGCUACAUCAAUUCUUGAGUAUCCUAUUGAACCCAGUGGGGUAUUAGGUGCGGUGGCUACUAAAGUUCGAAGGCACGAUAUGCGUGUCCAUCCUUACCAAAGGAUUGUGACCGCAGACAGAGCCGCCACCGGCAACUAACCUAUGACCUUCUGACCUCUGAACUCUUCACCCAAUGAUGACCUGACCAUGCCUGCCUGCUGAUCAGUUAACUGGUAAUCGCCUUUGCUUGUCUGUCUUCAGUGCAGCGAGCUGAGGCAUUUGUCCGUUCGUCUUACCAUCUAACAAAAAGACAAAGAAUUUGUUGUCCUCCAACUCAGCUUUUUUUCCCUGUUUGGGUGAAAGUGGUUCUAGAACCUGCACUGAAUAGUAGUAAAGCAAUAAGGUCCAAUUCAUCCUUCCGCACUGAUCAUCUUUUAGUGUCCCACCCUAAAAAUGGUAAGAAGGGCCUCAUUUAAGAGAUGGAAGCAGAUGUCCCUUAACUCCCUGAUGUCAGAGGCAGUUACUGUGACACUUCUAGGAAUCUUUCUCUUCUCAUAAAGAAGUCAAAGCUCUCUUUGAAUGUACUGUGUGAUGAUGCAUCAUGCAUGAACCUUUGGUCAGUGAUCUCAUUGGUGAAGGGAUUCCUAAAAGUAUUCAAAAUUUGACAUGCAGUGUAAUCACUACCAAUGCCCUCAAAGGGCAGAAGAUGCAGCCUUUUUUAUAUUACCUGCCAAAUUGGGUGUUUUUAAGAAAAAAAAAGUGCCAUGAAAAAUAGGUUACUGAAUUUUUGAACCACAUCAAUGCAUUAAAAGACAGCAACCCUAUCGAAGCUAAUGCUGAGAUACAGUUCUUUUACUAUACAUUAACUUCCUUUUAAAAAUUACAUGAGUACAAGGUACAUGCAUUAUGUGUCACAUAACUGGGCAAACUGUUCAAAUAUUUUUUUAAGCCUCCCUGUAUAGAGUAAAUUCAUAAGGAUAUAAAAGCCAUGCUUGCCUAUUUGCUGUAUACAUGUAAUGAAAUUGUAGAUAAAGUGUAGUGCAUUGAAACAAAUUGAAAAAAAAGUAGAUACUUUUACUAUACAAGGGUGCUGGUGCAGAAGAAAUAUAUAUUUUUGGAAAUGUAGCAUUUUAUACUUUCAAGUGUUAUAAAAAAGAAAAAAGAACAAAGAAACCCUUUAUUUCAUUAAAUGGUUUUUUCUGGUGGUUGUCGAGAAACAAAAGACCAAAAGAGCCUUUUUGUCUUUCUUUUUUUAUUUUUUAAGUAUUGGAAUAAGUAUAAAGAAAAGAAAGUGCCUUAUUUUCUUCAUGGUCAUUUAGUCAGGUGUGUUGUAUAAUCAGCUCCUCCCUAAGACAGCAAGUUAAUGCAUGCCACUCAGUCCGCCCAGUACAUGAAAAGAAGCUGUGAGGAAAGACAAAUGAGUUGACUAUUAAAAUUACCUGGUUUUUGCCACAGCAUGAUGCAACCUUGCCAGAUCCCAAACUGUGAAAUAGAAUUGUUCCACCAACAGCCAACUGCAAUAUUUUUGUAACAUGUUCCCCUCUUCAAUUGUAGACAAUAUAUUUUUAUAAUACUUGCUCAGCCUUAAACCAAAGGGUUCUACGAUACAGUUUCAUUCAAAAUCAAAUUAUAAGAUUACAAUAGUAAUAGAGUAGCAAGUGUUUGGGUUUUUUAUUAUUAUUAUUUAGAGAUUAGUUAUCUUUUUUUCUGAUUGAACUAGAUGCAGGAAACUACAAGAGAACUUAAACUUUCGUCCAUGACUAAACCAAACAUUAAGAUUGAGCAUGUUAUAAGUUCUGGAUGUUUUAGCUACAAUGCCAAGUGCGUAUGGAUUUACAUAAUUUUUCAUGAAACUUCUACUUGAGGAAUGUUAACUACUGGUUGCACUUUCCAUUAAAGGAGGAUAUACUAUCUUGGAAAAUCCAGCUGUGGUUCAGUUUGAAUUUUUAAAAGACGUUUGUGUGGCUGAAUUAGUAUUAAUUAACACUAGUGUUCAAAAACACUUUACGCACAAAAGUGGAGUGUAAAAUUAAUGAGCCAGUAUCAACAUGGUCACGGCUUUGAAGCAAAUUGGCAAAGACCAGGUGAUACCUUGCCCUUUACAUUGUGUCAGCUUAUUCUCCUAAAACCUUCACAGUUUCCAAAUCAAAGGUCAAUAGUAAGUUAGAUAAGAGGGCUUAUUUUUAAGCAUCUGCAUGGUGACUUUAUCAACAUUGUGUCUCACCUGGAAACAAGUAUCAGUUUAUUUACUAUGCAAUAAACAUUCAUCUUUUUGUAUGCAGCUAGCUUUCCUUUUCUGCCACUGGCUUUGUCUUCCUGUUACAUAACAUUUUUGUUAUUUUUUAUUUGGUUUUACUUUUGGUAUAUGCUGUGCCAUUUUGAUUUUUGUUUGGUUGAAUAAACUUGCGACACUCAAACA